GAGCGUGAGGAGGAGAGAGAGAGCGCGUGAGGACAGCGAGAGAGACCGCGCACGAGCAUCCUGUGCUCAGACUCUCCAAGGAGGCUGCGAUGUAGACAGGAUGAAACUGGCGGGGUGUUUUUCUGAAGACCGUGCCUCUCGGUUGUCGUUACCUGUCAUGGUAUAUCAUUACCAUCUAUUAAUUAUGUGGAGAACAGGAGGAGCUUAUUAUCAUUUUGUCGAUGCCUGAGGAUUAUGGACCGUUACAAUAACGAACAACGGUGUAAGGGUUCGGACAGCUGCCUCUUUCUUUUUCUUCUUCUUCUUCUUUCCCUUCUUUGCUUAAACAUUUUUUAAAGCGCUGGCGUCGGUGAUUUUCUCACAAAAUGUUGAAUUUAGCGCUCUGUCGACGUGAAGGAUGCCCGUGGCACGUCAUUUUUUGUUGCCGUUGGACAUAAACCUGUGGACGGGCGCCGUUUCCCAGGCAGUAUGAUACAAUAUUUUGACAUAACCAUUAUUUUUGUGUGUUACGCUCUAUUGCGCAUGCCUAGUGUUAGCUAUAGAAUGCUGCCCGACGCCACUUCUCUCCGUCCUGGCCGUGAUUUAGGAGAGAAAAAGUGACGGCAGCUGGGGGACUACAUAGCAAAAAAGAGAGAGAAAAUGCGUUGGCAAAGUGGCAGCGUGGCGAGCAAAGGAUUUGACUUGAGAUCCUUCAUGAAAUAGAUUGUGCCAUAAACUGAAGAAUGUCAGGGACACCAAAUGCAGAAGCUGAAGGAGUAGUCUCCAAAGUAAAAGUGAAAAAGGAGAUCAAGACAAUCGUGGAGAAUUUGGAAACCAUCCUGGGAGAUCUUAAGGAUGUAGCUAAAGAGCUCAAAGAGGUUGUUCAUGAGAUUGACACCCUAACUUGUGACCUGCAACUGGAGGAAGACGGACUAACAGACAGCUCAAAGACAGACACACUGAACUCCAGCUCGAGCUCCACCACCACCACCACCACUGCAUCCAGCCUGGAGAAGAUGAAGCUCUUUCCCGAAGACUGCAUAUUUAAAACACCGGCUUCCCUAAUGCCAGUCCCCAUCAACCCUCCUGGAGUCCUGACUGUACUCAAGAAGCCACACCCACCUCUACCACCACCAAGACAUACCCCGCUGAGAGCCGAGGACCACAACGUAAAAAAUCUGCCUCAUCCAACUUUAGUGUUAUCAGGGAAUCUAUCCAAGGCUAACGGGUCUCUAUUAAGGAAUGGUGGGGUUUUCCCAUUGAAAUCAAACAGGGAUUUAUUUUCCUCCACACCAUGCUUCAUUUCUAAUGACAGUGGAAUCCCUGAGUCAGGUCUUGUUCCUACAUUGCCCAGACCCAUGCCUCUUCUACGGCAUGAAAAGAACAAAUGCCCCAAGGCCCCUGGCAGGGAGCCACGUGAGAGGGAACGUGUACGUUUCAGCGAGAAGGUUCAGUUUCAUGGCUACUGCCCGGACUGCGACCUCCAGUACGAUGUAGAUGACACAGAACUACACUUGCAGGCUGAGCUGAAUGACUUGAGGCUCAGCCCAGUACACUGCUGCUCCUCUUCCCCUCCUCCUCCUCCUCAUUCUCUUUCCCAUGAAUUCAUGUUGGAAAAUGGCGGUCUACCAGUCAGCCACAGUUUCCCACCAACGGGAAACACUGCUCCACCUUGUGUGCCUCCCCACACACCUUCUCUCAAGCCCCAGAAAACAAUCCUUCGCAAAUCAACCACCACCACGGUUUGACACCAACCCCCCUUGUUGUGUCUAGUUUAAACAUUUUUGAAUCAUUCAUAGUGUUUUCUACUUUAUGAGUGCUUUCUACUCCAGUUGAACUUUGGAUCAUCCAGAGAGAAGAAAGGAUUGGAAAUAAGAAACAAAAGAGCGGAUAUAGUGAGUGGAACAGAAAAAGGCAUCGCCGUGGUCAUCAAGACGUACAUCGAGAGAUCAGGAAGAAGCGGGCCCAUUGACACACUUGAGAUACGAGACAAAGGGAUGCUUGCUUCAUACACCGAUCGACCCCGGUUGAUCAGGCAGGGAAGAGCCAGAGCUGAGGCCAAGCAUCCACCACCAUUUGCAUAGCUCUUGCAUAGUGCUUGUGCUGUUUGUGGACUAAGCAACCUCUGGGAACCAGCUGUGCUGGAGCAGUGUUACUGUCUAACUGGCAAAGCAGGAAGGGUAGUCACUGUGUUUGUGUGCAAAAAGAUGAAUCUAUAGAUGUGGAGGUGAUAUUUUCAUUCAUAUAAAUGGUUGAUUUAAAGAUUCAAACACCGAUGAAACCUUAUCAUCAAAAGUAAAGAUGAACCAGUACAAGAUGGAGUGAAAUAAUGUCAGCCAGUAUUUGAUUGAUGUCUGUACAGGUUUUUGCUUUGUGCGUACUCAGAUGGAAAUCAAUAGCUCCACUCAACCGAUGGAAUUUGCCUUUUAAGAAUUGUAAUUGUUUGUGUCUGGAGAGCCCAACAGUUCUGCCUGGGAGCGAAACGCUCUCUGCUGGACUGCAGAUAAGGAGAAAAUAAUAACUAUGUCAGUACGUGCCAUAUGCACAACCACAGCAUGUUUUUGGAAAGACUCGUGUUUUGAAAUGGUUGAUGAUGCGGUCACUGAUCCUUGUCCAGACAUUAUGUUCGUUGUACAUCAAAAUCUAUCCGCUCAUCUGGUGCCAUGCAAGCUGUGUUUAUUUCACAAUGACAUGCAGAGAUUCAGUACAGUUUGGCAUAGUUACAGCUUUAAAGGGUUAUUGAAGAAGUAAUAAUUUGCAUCAAAUUUUGUUUGUAUACAAAUAUACAUGUAUAUUUCAGGCAUUUUUCUACAGAGACUUUAACAUUUAAAGAGAUGAUAUUUUUGAUAUUGUGUUGGAUGACUGAGAGGUAUUUUGAUGAAAGCUGACAUUCCCUCGAGGUAUAUGUUUUUCAGGGCAGAGCCAGAUGAGUUAUUUAUACAUACCGAAUCGUGUUUACAUGAAUGAAAAACUUAACUAUUAUAACUUAGAGAAACUUUACAAUGUGGGCUGCAGCGGGAGGAAGAAAAUAUAAUGCAGAGAUGAAACGUGACGAAAACCAAAUACCUAGUUGUGCUUUAUCAGAAGAGAGGCAUGGGACUGAAUGAACGCAUGACUGACUCUUCACUUUGUCCUGCCAUCACUGUGUUUUUCUAUGCAUUUCUGUGGAGAGGCUGCCUGGUAGUGGGCCUGAAAUGCUGGAUUUUCUGCCCUCCAGAACAGAGUUAAGAAAUAUUCCCUCUAACUCCCUCAUGCAUCGGGUCAAUCCUGACGUCAAUAUAAACCUGACAAAUUUCCAUGUUGCUCUGGGUAAUGAGUCAUAGGUAAUUAAAAAAUGAUGAAGUGCUUUUAUAUAUAGCACUUAUAAAAACCAAAUGAGUUAUAAAGAAACAGAGUAACAAGAUGACUAUUGCUUUAAAAUAGAUCAAAUAUAUACAGUAUAUACAUAGAAAAUCAGUCAAAUCUCAUCAAAGUUCCCACCUGACAUCCGAAAAAAUCAGCUAAACAAAAAAUGCAAUAACUUACAUACUAAAUGAAAUCAUGCAAGGUUUAGUACAAUGAAAAUUAGUUACUGGCCAUCAGAGUAGAGAAGGGUUAAAACUUUUUUUUUCCUUCACUUUUCAUUCCUUGCAAUUUCACCACAGGAGAUAACCAAAUUACCUUUUCAGCACUGAGAAGGCAUUAAACUCAGUUAAAAGCUGCAAUUAAAUAAAUUCUAUACCCACUCCAAGUGUCCCCAUCUACAGCCAAUUCAGCAUAUUUUUUUCUAAAACCAACUGUAAGCAUCAGUAUUAUGGAAUAUAAUCACCGUUUCGGUAGCAAAAUUGUACUAAUUUAACGUCUGUGAAGUAGAGUAACAGAAACACCCGUCAACUAUGGUAUGAGUGUUGAUAUUGCGUAGAGAAGCUGCAGAAGGCACUUUGCAACUUAUUUGGAAUGCCAGAAACAGCCUUUCUGAACAGAGUCGGCAUAAAGGAGUAAAUAAAUAACUACAAACAAAUAUGUGUGUCUGAAAGAAAAGAAAUAUUGGCCGAUAUAUCAGACUUUUUAAAUCACAAAGUACGGGUAUCUUAAAAGUCCUACAUCAGUCAGGCUCUAGUUUAAUGAUAUCACCAUGUGUGUAACUGGUAAAAACCAACAGCAUGAAAGGUCUGCUUUGUACCUACAGUUUGGUGAAUUCUUCUAGGUGGGUGGAAGUAAAAUUCAUUUGGUUAAGGUUAAAUGUGUUUUUCCACUCUGAGAAUUUCAUGUACUUCAUGUACUUAAGAAGUACAUGGAGGUCUAAAAAAAAUGCUGUAAAAAAAUAAGGCGACUUAAAAGGCGACUAAAUUUCCACCUGCUCCAUGUACUCAUUUCAGGUCUGUAACUCGGAAAAUAUCCACAGUAUGAACAUAAAAUGUUGCAUGAUUUCAUUUAGUAUGCUGAAGAUAUUCCACACAAAAAUAGCGUUUCUGGGGGGUUAGAUGAGAGGCAUUCACUGGUAUUUCAUGCAAACAUGAUUGCUGGUGAGCAACUUUUUUUUUUUUAUUAACACACCCCCUUGAUACAUUUAGAUUAGAGGCAUCACACACUUGUAAACCUCACCUCUUUGUUCAGAUACUGAAUUAAAGACUAAACUCUGACUCAGCAAUGAAUCACUUUUAAAGCUGAUUGGAAUGUCUCAAAAAGUUGUUUGUGAUAUUUUAUUGUGUGUCCACAAACUGUUGGGAAAUAACUUGUGAGAAGUAAACACUUUGCACUUGGUCAGUGUGCGUGUGAGUGUGUGUACUUUAAACCUAACAAUAUUUUUAGUGCUGAUUUUAUGUCUGUAUUCUCUAUUAAAAGCUGUCCUCUUCUGCGUUUA